AUGGGUUGCUGUGGCUGUGGUGGUUGUGGCGGUGGCUGCGGUAGCUGUGGCGGCUGUGGCGGCUGUGGCGGCUGUGGUGGCUGCGGUGGUGGCUGUGGCAGCUGUACCACCUGUACCUGCCGCCGUGUAGGCUGCUGCUCUGCCUGCUGCCCCUGCUGCUGUGGCUGCUGUGGGGGCUGCUGUAGCCCCACCGUUGUCUGCUGCCGUCGCACCUGCUGCUAUGGCUCCUGUGGGUCCUGUGGCUGUGGCAAGGGCUGCUGCCAACAGAAAUGCUGUUGCCAACAGAAACGCUGCUGUAAGAGACAAUGCUGCUGCUAA